AUGAUGCGUCUUUUGAUACUGUCGUUGUUGCUCAUCUGUACGCAAGCACGUACUAUCAACAAGAUAUCUGCGAGUGAUGUAACAGCACUUCUGAACGAGAUUGCCAGAAAAGAUGUAAAUGGAGGGGACCAAAAUGAUGUGGUUGUGAAUUUUCAGAAUAUGGCAAGCCACACAAAAUUUGAUCAUGAUAAUGCUCCAAGCCCGCUCUUCACCUCUGUAAGCGAACGUGUUAGCAGCACCGCAACAAUGAAAGCCUUCCAAAAGCUGCAGGCAUUGUACACAAAGCCCGAUGCCACAGUCGCUGACGAAAACACACCAGAAAGAAUUGAUGCUGCCAACGCCUUCUUAGACGCAGUUCUUGCAACUGAUGUCAUGAAAACUGCCUGGGAAUUCUUGACUAAAUCGGGGCUUUCAACUAAUGAUGCUGCAGCCUUCAAGAAGCAACUGUUCAGUCUUUGGUUCACGCCUUUCACAAGAGCCACAGCUUUGGGAAGCUCCAGUUUUGAAACAGUCUUCGUCGGUGAAACUCACGCAAACGACGUUGUUGGUCUUAACUACUGGUACAGAUUCUAUCUCCUAGAGCAAGAUAACAAAGUUAACUACCAUGGAUGGUUCACAAGACAGAAGGGAGUACAAAUGGAACUUCAGUUUGCAUGGGGCUCUGAUCAUGCUGUGAUGGAUAGCUUCCUUCUUGGAACUUCACCAGAAUUCGACCUGACCAUUUACACAGUGUGCGCCCUUGCCAACGUUGGAAUUGAUUCAGUUUAUCCAAGCCAAAACGGUGCAACGCCAACUGAAAGUUCCCACAAGACAAAAGCAACAAGUUCACCAGUGGUGAAUGACAAAGACUUCCAAGCAGUAGUUGAUAAUAUGCGCGCCGCAGACGACCUCUUUGAAAGACCGGUUUACAAAGCCUUGAUCGCAAUGUAUGAAGCCAAGGUGUUCUCCCCAGACGUUUGUGUUAAAGAGCCCGACAUGAACGGUUUCAGAAAGCAGUACAUUCUUAAUGUAUUUGACACCUUCACAAACACAACUGUUUUCCAAUUAGCUUUCAAAUAUCUACAGAGCAUUGGCAAAGCUGGAGACUGGGCAUCAUUCCGACCGAAAUUGUGGACACUAUGGAUGGGUACUUACAGUCGAUGCUCAGGAACCCUGGGAAGCUCAGGAUUUGAACAUGUAUUCUCUGGCGAAUGGAAAGGUUCGAAAGUUGACGGUCAUCACAGCUGGGUGAACUACUACCGACAAGAGAAGGCUGGCGAUAUUAACUACCAUGGCUACAUUUCCUACGAUGACAAACUCACUGGCACAUUCCAAUAUACUUGGGGUAAUUACUUGAAGAACGUCGGUGGCUUCAACACUGGAACUUCACCAGGCAUGCGUUGA